AUGGAUCAACGGGAGCUCGAGUCGCGAGUCAAGGCGCUGACCAAGUCGGUUGCUGCCAAUGAACCGCCCGAGAAUGCCAUUAGGCUGCUGGAGGGGUUGAAGAAGGAUGCCAGGCCUACGGAGGAGAUGCUGAGGGCCACAAAAGCGGGCGUCUACGUCGGAAAGCUACGAGCCAACCCCAACAAGGAAGUCGCCCGCGCGGCCGCCGAGCUGGUCAUCAAAUGGAAGAAGCUCGUGGAGCAAGAAAAGAACUCGAAGCUGCAAAAGUCCAAGCUCGGCUCGCCGUCCUCGGCGCCCGCCACCGGCCCGGCCAGCAGCAGCAGCAGCAGCAGCAGCUCAGCAGGCGCGGCCAAGCAGGCCUUUUCGGGGAAUGCCGAGACGCGCACGUACAAGAGCGACAAGGUCGACCUCAGGCGUACGGGGUCGGACGUCCGCAACAACUGCAUCGGCCUCAUGUACAACGGCAUCGCCUACCGGUCCACCGAGUCUCCGAGCGACGUCAUUGCCCGCGCGGUGGCCGUCGAGCACGCCGUCUUUGCGGCCUUUAAAGAGGACGAGUCGACCGACUACAGGAAGAAGAUACGCUCGCUCUUUAUGAACCUCAAGAACAAGUCCAACGGCGAGCUGCGCAGGCGCGUCAUGUCGGGCGACAUAUCGCCGCAGAAGUUUGCCGUCAUGACGGACGACGACCUCAAGAGCGAGGACCAGCGCAAGGCCGACAUUGAGCUCGAAAAGGAAAACAUGAAGAAGGCGCAGGUGCCCAUGGCGGAGAAGAGCAUAAGCGACAGCCUCGAGUGCAGCCGUUGCAAGCAAAAGAAGGUCAGCUACACGCAGGCGCAAACGAGGAGCGCGGACGAGCCGAUGACGACGUUUUGCGAGUGCAUGAACUGCGGCCAUAGAUGGAAGUUUUCGUAA